UGUCAAGUUUGACUUGUAGGAUUGUGUAUACUCUUUGGAUUUUGUUAACAAUUGGUUAACAAGAUUUUUAAGAUUACUUUCUAAAAAUAAAUUCGAAUAAAGUUAAAAGCUGAAUAUAUUUAUCGAAUCAAAAUGAACUCUCGAAACUUAUUUCGCGCUCUAACUAAGCCGUUAUUCAUACAUAAUAUGUGUAAGCGACAGAAAAGUUAUAAGGUUGUAAAACGGCCGGACCCCAGUAGCUUAAAAAUGCCCAACUUAGCCGAUGCUCCGAGUAUAAUGGAUAUCAUUAAAGAAAAAUUGCGUUUAAAUGGGCCAUUGACAGUCGCGGAAUAUAUGAACAUAGUUAUAACGAAUCCUACAGAAGGAUAUUAUAUGAAAAAAGACGUAAUAGGCGAAACGGGGGAUUUUAUAACUUCGCCUGAAAUCAGUCAGUUGUUUGGUGAGAUAUUAGCAGUUUGGUUCUAUGCAGAAACACAGAAAAUGUGUUCUGGGAAACCACUGCAAAUUGUUGAACUAGGACCGGGCAAAGCGACAUUGUUAAUAGACAUUUUGAGGGUACUGAAUCGCUACGGGUACAAAGCAAGCGACCUCAGCCUACAUCUUGUUGAAAUUUCUUCAACGAUGCAGUUAUUACAAGCUAAUAGGCUAUGUGCUACACAUAAAGAAACCGGUUUAGAACUACCUUAUAACCAUGAGGGUGAAACAGCAAGUGGUAUCAAAGUGUACUGGUACAAUGAUCUGAAGAAAGUGCCCAAAAACUUCUCUUGGUACAUAGCUCACGAAUUUUUCGAUGUUCUACCUGUCCAUAAGUUUGAAAAAACAGAAAAAGGCUGGCGAGAAAUACUAAUAGACCUUGAUGAGAAUGGAAAAUUGCAGUACAGAAUAGCUGCAAAUGAAACACAAUCUGUCAAAGUUCUGGUUAGACCACCGUUAGAUGCUGGUGAUAGAAUGGAACUCGAAAUAAGUCCUAGAGCUCUGGGUAUCGCGAGACAACUUGCUAAUAGAGUUGACCAACACGGAGGCCUGGCGUUGAUUGCUGAUUAUGGUCACAAUGGAGAUAAAGGAGACACAUUUAGGGCUUUCCACAAACACAAAGUUGUGGAUCCACUUGAGAAUCCUGGUGAAGCAGAUCUAACAGCUGAUGUAGAUUUCAGUCAGUUGAGGAUAUCUGCGUCUAUGACGCCGGGGGAGGAGAACUACGCUGUGGUUGUAGGACCAGUGAAACAAACUGAAUUCUUAGAACGGAUGCAAGCAGCUGUUCGACUACAAGUUCUACUAGAUAAUGUUAAUACAGAUGAAGAAAAAGAAAAAAUUAAAGCAGCGUACGAAAUGCUUGUUGAUCCAAAAAAAAUGGGAGAAAGAUUCAAAUUCAUGGCGUUUUAUCCAUCAGCGAUGGCGCCAAUAUUGCAAAAGUUCCCACCUUUGGGUUUUUCUACGCUUAAAUAGUUUUAAGCAUAGCAACACCAACAGAAUAUUAAAUAAGUUUUUAGUUGUCAAUGUAUUAAUAAUAGAAAAUUGUUGUUAAUUAAAAAAUAA